AUGAUUAAUACACUGCCAUCUCUUGGUGUUGGCCGCUUGAAGUUGUGUGGAGAUGAUCGUUGUGUCUAUGGAACUGAUAAAGAUCAUCCAUUGAGACCACCGGAGGAUCCUUUCUACAAGCAGAUGGCUGCAGAAUUUACCAAGUUCCAGAUAUAUGCCUUCGGUGACAAGUACACUGAUAUAGCCUCAUUAGGUAUAUAG